AUGUCAUCGAGUUCGAGCGAUGCUAUUGUUGAACGGCGGCGCCAGCAAAAUAGGGAUGCGCAAAGAAAGAGGCGGAACGCCUUAAAAGCUCAGAUAGUAGAGCUCCAAGCUAGAAAUCUAGAGCUGCAGGCCUUUAAAGAGUCUACUCUCUCAUCUACCACUAAUCAGCCAACUCUUCGCGGCCCGGGGAACCACCUGACUCCAGAUGUAAGCUGCCUCCUUGGAGGUAGCUUUGAUACCUCAUAUCACGUAUCAUCGGAAGAUCAGGGCCCGGACAUAGCUGCAAUGUCGAUAGCAUUACGUCCUGAUUUCCCAAAGCUAGAUGAUGCAUUCAUCAGGGAGAUAUCCGAAAGUCUACAUCCCAACACACGAAUCGUAUCUAGAAGCCAAAUGGGCAGCAUUCUGCGCCAUUACCAUGAAGCCGAAGAUACUACCAUUCACAAGGCACCGCCAACGCCAACUUCAGACUCCGGCCCUGGAACAUAUGGAACACCACUGCCAACCAUCUAUACGGAUGCCACAAUGAGCCCUUCAUCGGGAAAGCAAGAUUUCGGCUUACAGCUCGGGGAUACACCGCUUAAUGACUCGCUUGAUCUUUCUAUACGUCCUCAAGCCUCAGAGCUCAGCCCGAGAACCGGGACCGUGGAGACUGUAGGUAGGCAAGUUGGAUCUAGCACGCCUCGACCUUGUUUCCGUGACAAGAAGCAAAGUGCCAUGGCUAUGGCUGUGGCUAACCGGCAAGCAGCCGUAGUACGGCUGCUAUUACAGCAUGGAGUUGAUAUGAAUGCGCGGGAUGACCGAGGACGGACCGCUCUGCACGAUACAGCAGAAACUAAUGAUACAGAAAUGAUGCAGCUGCUCUUGGACUAUAAUGCCGACUUAAAUAUUGUUGACGAGUCUGGCAUGGUACCUAUUGAGAUUGCUGCGUCACUGGGGAACAUAGAGGCAGUAGAAGUACUACUGAGGGCCAACCCGUAG